CCUGCCUUUAAAUUCCAGUCCUGGAGCCAGCACAGCACCCAUUCCUCCGACUGGAGCCCAGGGCAGAGCCGGCAGCACUCACAUAGAUGAAAGCAAAGACAAGCUCCAGCGCUCCAGCCAUGUCCACGUCACUGCGAGUGAGCCCCUCGGUCCACGGCUACCGCUUCGACACGGCCCUGCGCAAGAAAGCCGCGGCCAACAUCUUCGAAAGCAUCAACGAGGAGUCCCUACAGAAACUCUUCAGAAACUCCGGAGACAAGAAGGCAGAGGAAAGAGCCAAGAUAAUCCUCGCCACCGACCAGGACAUGGAGGAAAAAACGAGAGCACUAAUGGCAUUAAAGCAGAGGAGAAAAGACAAACUGCUCCAGUUCCUGACAUUUCGGAAAUACUCCAUUAAAGUUCACUGAACUGGCGGAGGGAGCAGAAAUGGAGAACAUUUUGUGACGGGACUGUUUGUGACCUCCUACCACACUCAGCAUGCUCCGCUGCCCCGUGGCAUCGGGGACUGGACAGACCACCCACAGGGCUUCAGCCCCACCGCAAACUGCGAGCUGACCGCGGCAUCGCUGCGGACAGCAGCAUCAGUGCCCGCAGCAGCAUCGGUGCCCACGGCAGCAUCGCUGUGAACAGCAGCAUCGGUGCCCACGGCACAUCGAUGCCCACGGCAGCAUCCGUGCCCACCGCAGCACUGGUGUGGACAGCAGCACUGGUGUGGACACCAGGAUCAGUGUCUGCGGCAGCAUCACUGCCCAUGACAGCAUCGGUGCCCAAGGCACAUUGGUGCCCACGGCAGCAUCAGUGUGGACAGCAGUUUGGUGGCCAGAGGCUCACAGAGAGGGAGCAGCUCCACCGGGAGGCAAAAAAGCUCCUCCGGGCAGCCAUGGGACUGAACUGGGGGGAAAACCACACGCCCGGGUGUGAUACGGGACCUUCUGAUGGACUUGGUGUAACUGACUUGAGCCGUGUGCUUUGCCUUUUCAGACUUGUUUCCUUAAAGCCUGAGCCCGUGCAGAGCCCUGGUGCUGUGGCUGGCAGGAGGCUCUGGAGACCGACCAGCUGCUGAUCACGGUCACUUCACAUUUGUUAAAUGCACCCAAAUGCAGCCGUCCAGGAACACAUUUGCUCCAGAGACACUCUGCACCACUGUACCCUUCCUUCCCAAGCUGUGUGUGUGCAGUAAAAGUCGUUUGCACAAAAGCAAUAAUAAUGACAGAUUUCCCUGAAUUUACUGUGAAGUUCCCUAAUAUUGCGCUCACUUACCAUUAACACUAAAAAUCUAAAUAUAAUAACUACAGUUCUUCUCUGUGUAGGUUACAGUAACUAUUAGAUGAGUACUUACUUCAUGGCAAUAUUUUAUGACAAUGUUAUUAUUAUAUUGACUAUAAUUUAUUGCAUACAGUGAUGUGAAAAUUAAUAAAUUAUUAAAUAAACACAAAUUAUCUUGUCUGAAA